GCGCAGACCAGGGUGAAACUCAACUACCUGGACCAGAUCGCCAAGUUCUGGGAGAUCCAAGGCUCCUCCCUCAAGAUCCCCAACGUGGAGCGGCGCAUCCUCGACCUCUACAGCCUCAGCAAGGGGGUGAUAGCGGAGGCGGCCAUCUGCAAGGACGGGCGUUGGGCACGGGUGGCACAACGUCUCUCCUACCCCUCGGGCAAGAACAUCGGCUCCUUGCUCCGGGCACACUACGAACGCAUCAUUUACCCCUACGAGAUGUACCAGUCCGGGGCCAAUCUGGUGCAGUGCCACGCGCGGCCGUUUGAGAGCGAGGAGAAGGACCGCGAGUACAAACCCCACAGCAUCCCCCUGCGCCAGUCCGUGCAGCCCUCCAAGUUCAACAGCUACGGCCGCAGGGCCAAGAGGCUGCAGCAGGAGCCGGAGCCCACGGAGGAGGACAUUGAGAAGAACCCGGAGCUGAAGAAGCUGCAGAUCUAUGGGGCAGGGCCCAAGAUGUUGGGGUUGGGACUGGUGGCCAAGGAUAAGACCAUGAGGAAGAAAGACAAGGAGGGUCCUGAGUGUCCCCCCACGGUGGUGGUGAAGGAGGAGCCU